GUUUCUACCGCUUCAGAAUUUCUUAGUCGCUGACCAAAGGAGAGGCGUGGCCCACUCAUAAAGACAAGGACAGUAAGACAAAACCUAACUGAAUAGCCCACCAAGAGCAGCCGCCUCUUCAUCAAGAACAAGAGCAUUGUCACCAUUAGCAUAUGGUGAACGAAGAAAGUACAAGAAACAAAAAUAGAAGAUGCCGCUUCAACUUCGCCCCAGCGAUCUCGAAGAUCUGUCGCUGAUAGUGGAAACAUACUUUGAGGCUUUUGCCCAAGACCCAAUCCAUCAGCGCUUUGCCCCAAGAGGGACCAAGUCGGCUUACGACUUCUGGUAUUCGUCGCUGGAAGCCGAAAUGCGCGACGAAAACAACCACUUCCUCUCUGUCUGGGACGAUUCUACCACGCCAGAGACAUUUGCGGGCUUUGCCAAGUGGAUUGUUCCAGGGGCGCAUCCAGAGCCUCUUCCGCCAGUGGAAGCCUGGCCCAGCGAUGGCGACCAAAAGUUUUCGUCGUUUUUCUUUGGGAGGCUGAAUGACAUGCAUCACGAGGCUAUGGGAGAGCGGCCACACUGGUAUCUCGAACUUUUGGCUGUCAAGCCCCAAUUUCAGGGCAAAGGCGCCGCAAGCUUGAUGCUAAAGUAUGGCGUUGAGAAGGCUGACGAGGACAAGGUGGAGUGCUUUUUGGAUGCAUCUCCUGCGGGCCAGCCUAUCUAUGAGAGAUAUGGAUUCCGAGUCGUACAGACGGAUACUUUCUUGGAGGGAACUUACAUCCAGUGCGCGAUGAGAAGGGACGCGAAGAGGUGAUAAUUUUCCCGGCGUUGGCAGUCAUUGGCGUCGUCGUUGUUGUUGUUUCUUGUUAUUGGGCCUUGUGCUUCUUCAUUUAUCUACCAGGAAAAGAAUUUACUGUCAUGAUAUGAACGAAUGGAAUAUUUGAGCAAUGUUAUUGAGAUUUUGUACUUGGAAUACUAAUGCAAUACGAACAUUUGUCG